GUGACGUCAUAGAACUACUAGUUCGAGACGACUUCGCCUACAUUUUCUCUCCUCCUGGUGAUACCAUCUAAUUGAACUGAUUAACCUGCUUAAGAAAGUCUUCGAUGUUCUUUGUGCUGUUUUUAAAAGCAUGUUUUUGUGGCACCUGCCUGACGAUGUCCUCUAUCACAUCUUGUCUUAUUUGGACCGGAAAACACUUAGUCGUCUUUCUCAGGUGUCCAAAGCUAUUUUUCAUGUUGUCAGCCGUGACAUAGUGUGGAAGAGGAUGGCUAAAGACAUGUUAAACACCGGAAUCACUCCAAAUGGAACUGACCUUUAUCCUCACAUCUUGCUGAAGGAGAGAGUCAAGCGUUCUCUAAACUGGUGUGCCGGUGUCUGUAAAAGGGAUACUCCUCUGAAAUGGAAGACAAAGUUGCUGCCAUGGUUGCAGCUGGAUGGGGACACGCUAUAUUUGUCUCAGGCUGCAGACAUCCGAGCCUACCGUCUGCAGCAGAACUGCAGGAGGAUCCAGCGUAAACCUGUUCAGAUAUACUCUGGCCACCAAGCGGAUGUCUGCAGAUUUGUUUUGACUGACUCUCAUCUGAUCAGUGGUGGAAGUGAUGGGAAGAUUCUGGUCCACAGUAGGAGGAGUCACACAUCAAUGCAGUUAUCAGGUCAUAAUCAGGAAAUCAACUGUAUUGACUCAAAAGAUGGACUCAUCGUCAGUGGAUCUAGAGAUCAAACUACCCAGAUAUGGUCAUUGGCUUCUUGCUGCCCGAAAGGCGUAAUUCCCUUGUAUGACAGAGUCUGGUCUGUAGCAAUUAAUCCUGCACUCAGCUCAUUUGUAACUGGCACUGCAUGCUGCGAGAACUCCACCCCUCUUCUCGUCUGGGAUGUUGAACGCCAUUCAGAGGUGGACUUGCUGGUGUGUUUUGGAUCAUUGUCCUGCUGCAGAACCCAAGUUGGUUUCAGCUUGAGGUCACCAACAGAUGGCCGGACAUUCUCCUUCAAGAUUUGUUUGUCGACAGCAGAAUUCAUGGUUCCAUUUGUCACAGCAAGUCUUCCAGGUCCUGAAGUACCAAAACAGCCCCAGACCAUCACACUACCACCACAAUAUUUUACUGUUGGUUGGAGUGCGUGUGCUCUCUGGGUUCAGAGUUCCGCAGAGGGGCAGGUGUGCUGGAUAUGGUGUUUGAGACGCCUUUUCACCUCCUCACCUGUGGCUAUGACACUUUUAUUCGACUUUGGGACCUUCGCCUAAGUCCACAGUGAGUUCAAAUUGGAAUUGGAAAGAGUGGAAUCUUACACUGUAGGGCAAAAACAAACGCAAUGAAACAAUGAACAUAUUUUUUCUCUUUAAAUUUGGGACCAUGUGUGCUGUUGAAAAAUAAGCCACAGGAUUUUUGUGAGCGUUUUAUGAUUUAGGCCAGAAAAACUACACCGAACCAUGACUUCAUCCAUCAACACUGUUUCUCAGUGCAUUAAUGACAUGGAAAAGAAUGUGAAUUUGACACCGGCUUGGCACAUCCUGGUGCACAGGGGUUUGCCCCCUUCCUGAUUUAUUUAUUUCUUGCAUGUUUGUCACACUUAAAUGUUUCAGAUCAUCAAACAAAUGUAAAUAUUAGUCAGUGACAACACAACUGAACACAAAAUGCAGUUUUUAAAUGAAACUUAAACUUAAUGAAAGAAAAAAAUAUCCAAACCUACAUGUUCCUGUGUGAAAAAGUGAUUGCCCCCUAAACCUAAUAACUGGUUGGGCCACCCAGUUGGGCUUUGGAUUUUUUUUUCUCCCUUUAUAAUAUUAAAGUAAAAUUGCACUUUUUGGCUCAUCAUUAACAAUCCUUAUGUGAGACAUAAAAACAUAUGUCUUUCUCUUUUCUGUGCGUUCUAAAGAUAUCAAGACAGCUAAGAAGACGCAGCUAAGAAUGCACUUACUCCGCCUAUAACGCCUUCUGAAAAAAAAGCCAACAACGCUCCAUUUACAUAUGAUGUGACAUACCUAUUAACCAAGCUACAGCGACAUUGUUAUUAUUAUUGUUAACAUUGUUACACAGAAGAACUACUUUACUGGCGUAGUGGCACCUUGCCACACCGCAUCAGCCAGCUCCUUGCCGGGUAGCUACUAGCUUCAUCACACACUCGCUCAGAGCACCGCGCUCCCAAUACCUCAGGCCACUACUGAAAGCUAACGCUAUAUAUUGGAGCUGCCGCCACUGCUGCUGUGCUUUUGUUUUUAAAUUUGGAAAAGUUAACGGUAGGUGUAGCCAUUGUUUCUAUGUUGCUAUGUGAAAUCACUGCGCCCAGGAAGGAAGUUCCGGCAAGGCUUAAAAUGACCAAAACACGGCAGAAUACUGUAACACACAGAAAAGAGAAAGAUGUGUGUUCAUGUCUUCAAAAGGAUUUUGGAUGAUGGCCAAAAUUCCCCCCAAAAAGUGCAGUUUUCCUUUAAGGAGGACAUGUUCUUCUGUAAAGAUUACCUUUUUCCCCCAAAAAAAUCUAUUAUAUCAUCAUAUAAUAACUAGGGAUGUCCAAUAUUGGCUUUUUUGCCAAUAUCCGAUAUGUCGAUAUUGUCCAACUCUCAAUUUGCGAUUCCGAUAUCAACCGAUACUGAUAUGUGUAACAUCGCAUACCUUUUUCUUGAGUAAAAUUGUUCUAAAGUAACAAUACUCAAUACAAUACUGUUUUGUUGGCUGCUCCAUCCAUCUCUGAGUAGGUAAUUAAUGUAUUCCAAAUUUGAUAUAAGAAUAUUGUUUUUCUUGUGCCUUGAUUUGUUAUUUUUGGAAAGAUUUACCUUAUUUUUAGUUAAAGGGGUAUCAUUUAAAAUACAUACAUGUGCUGAUUAUUAUUUUGACUGAUAACUUUCAUGUUAUUAUUUUAUAUUCUCAUUUUAUUGCAUUAAAACUGCUAUACAUGUAUAUACUGUGUAUGGUUUUUCAGCACUACUUUGUGCUCUGUAGCUGAUGUAAUGUGAAUUACUGUGUCGGAUCAAUACAGUUCUUAUCUUAGCCAUCUGAGAAGAUCAAAUACAUGUACAUUGUUUUUGGUGCCUAACUGUUUCCCAAGUAUAUUAGUGCGUGUGUGAAUGCAUAAACGAGAGUCAUGAACUUACAUUUCUUUGUAGAAAGGCGCUUUAUGAACGUAAGUACAUUUAUAUGUAUUCACUUACAGCGCAGCCUUGCCACGUUCAAUGUGGUGGUGAUGCUGAUGUACGGCUCAGUGGAGCGUCGUCUACGUAUAUGGUUUUGACAGCAGAGCUUCCUGUUUUCUUGUUGUUGUAAAUAGCUGCUAAGUUACAUGUUUAGAGCUCACAUAGUUGUCGGUUAGUCUGCAUUAUUUGUUGGUAAUGUCUUGUCUAUUUUUAUCUACCUAUUACGUUGCUGUGUGAUGGUUUUUUUUUUAGCUCUUUCUUUAUGAAACACCAUGAGAGUAGUGUGUGGAAUGGUAACCCCCCCCCGCCUCCCUGCGAUUUGUACGGCGCUGGUAAGUUCAAGAGUUCCUUUAUUCUCACAGACUUGUGAGCAGCACAGUGUUAACUUCAUGAUGCAAGUUCAGCAGUGUUGCAAAUUUGCCACCUCGGUGCUUAAAACUCUAUCAGCUUUUGUUGUAAGGGAAAAUAACUGAUCCCGAUGUUGGCCGAUAUGACGUUUUUAUGCCAGUAUCGGCUCGAUAAUUAUCGGUGGCCGUUAAUAUCUGACAUCCCUAAAAUAUAUCAAACAGGUAAAAAAUAAUUCGGAGCAAUAUGUUUUAUUGUGUACAUAUUGUGGUUUAUGUUCUUUAAGUGUGCAGGAGUGGGGCGACAUGGCAUCAGGUCGAAUGUCUGAAGGGGUACGGGACUGUGAAAAGUUUGGGAACCACUGUGCUUCCGGGAAGUCUAGAUGAAUACAUGUACUGAUCUAAGAUGCCAGGGUCUGUAACUGCACUGGGGAGGGUGUCAUUGUUGUUUGUUUGUUAUAUUUUGGGGUGAGAGGAUUCAGUCAAGGAAAACAAAUCAGAUCUGAUCAGCAGAAGACACUGGGGACUUGGAUAGUGGCAAGGUUGGGGUGAAAUUUGCUGGAGGGGUCCCUCUUUAGAUAUGAAAAAUUAAUCACUCAAACCUAAGCAUCCUCCGGAGGCCCUUAGGGUCAUCCUGGAAGUUCAGCUCGUCUGGAAAUUCAGGCAAGCAUCAAAUAGAGAAAAGGAAAAGACAGACAAAUACAACCAUGUAGUUUAUAACGCCAAUAAAUUGUUAAGGUAGGUGUUUAACUUUCCAACUUAACUCAUUCAAUGCCAGCCAUUUUUCAAAAGACAACCCCUUCAGUAGCGGCUAUUUUAGACGAUUUAUACUGAUCUUUCAAGGCACACAGAAUCUUGUGUUCUAUGGCUAUAUGAGCACAGAACCUACCAAAAGAAAGCUUAGACUUCCGUCUUUAAUCUGAAAAAAAGUUAGUUUCUACCUUCUUCCUUUCUUUAGUAAUCAACAGUAGAGCACAGGUAAGUUCCAGGAAAAUAUCAGUUCCUGACUAAAAAAGGGUGAAAACCAGCUCAGGUUUUUUGUGAAAAGACCACUUUGACACAAUUUUUUGGCUUUUGUGAGAGCUCAAAUAUCUAAACAACUAUACCACAACAUAAACAACACAAACACCUUGAACUAUGUACAAUUUUCACAUUUGGAACUGAACUGAACUGUGUGUGCGCGUGUGUAUGUGUUAAAAUUUCCCUACAAUGCGUAACCUUCUGCACGCUACACUCCUCCAUGUUCUUCCACUUCCCCCUGGCUGUCAGAUAUUUUUUUUCCAUUCACAUGCCGAGCUUGUGGCCCUUUUUAUGGCUUCAAACUGAUCUAAAAGUGACAUCCAUUAGUGGCGACCUCACCCCUUGUUACCUCUCGCACAAAAAGACGUAUAAAUACCUCAUCAGGAUCGGGCGUUCGGGUUUAUAAAAACGCAUAAAUACGUCUUUGACAUUGAAUGAGUUGAGUCAUAGCUGUGACCUUUCCAUGUUUAUGUUCAUCUUAACAAUACAAUCAAUUAUAUAUUGGCCCAUUCUGUUCUCACAUUGCUAUCUGUCCACACUGAUUACUCACUAAGUGUCGUGUUGUGCGUGCAUGCGUGGGUAGAUGCCUGCCCAUCAUCUGUCCCUGGAGCUCCUCUAUCUCUUAUUGAUGAGGCUGCGUAAUGGAGGAUCAAUGCCAAUUGAUAAAAAAGACUUGCUUCUACCAUUCUUCACCAGCCAAAAAAAUCUAGCCAGAAACAGAUGGAGCUGUGAUACUGGAUCACUGCACGUCUUUGAUUUAAGGUUUUCAAAUCAAAGAUUUGUUUUACAAUUCAAUCAUAUUUGAAAUAAAGGACUUCACAGGAAAAGUAAGAGAUAGCUUGAACGUUGUAUGUCACUUUUUUUCCCAACAGGAAGUAUGUCAUGGAGUGGGAGGAACCUCACGACAGUGCCUUAUACUGCAUCCAGACAGACGGAAAUCACAUGAUAGCCAGUGGCUCCUCCUACUAUGGUGUCGUUCGACUCUGGGACAAAAGAAGGACUGAAUGCUUACAGGUGUGUC